AUGGACGCCCACGCGCAUUUACUUUCUCUCGGCUGGGCAGGACCCGGCCAUUCCCUUGACUCGAGACCAUACAAACAAAAAGGGCAUCGAGGCCUGGCUUAUGAUCCCGCAAAGGUCGGCAAUAACGGCGUCGGUCUUGUCAAACCCCUCUCGAUCUCACAAAGAAAAGGACGAUUUGGUGUUGGAAGGAAGACGCAUGAACCUCCAGCUGGAAAUCAGUGGUGGCUGAAGGGUUUUGAGAAUGCGUUGGGAAACAUUGGCAAGAGCGAGAGUGAGAGAAGUAGCGGGACAGCUACUCCAAUAGCAAAUGACUAUGGUGCCGGAAAACAUGGCGGACUUUACAGCUUCUUCGUCAAGGGUCAAGAGAUGGAAGGCACCAUUGGGAAAGUCGGCGACAUGAAACGAACUUCGAAGAAGCGGAAGAGCGAUGCCCUCGACGAUGGAGAACUGGAUGAUACCGCAGAAGCUACAGAGAUCAAAGGGCGAGAAGCUACGGCUGAGUUCGAAGAGGUUGGGGCAUUCUUUGCGUUACGUGAUAAAGACGAGAAGCGUUCCAAACGUGUGCAAAAACAGCAUCCUGUUACAGAAUUCGAGCAAGUCGGCCAGUAUCUUCAGGCAACGUUGGAGAAGAAACAAAGGAAACGGAAAUCGCAAAUUGGGCUCGACACCCUGGUCGACGUUGAUACCGAAAUGCGGUCACCGCCGGGCCAUGUAGAAACGAAAGAAACGAAAGAAGAGAGGCGUGAACGACGGCGGCGACGGAAAGAGAAGAAAGAGCAGAAGCGAAACGCAUUGGCAGAUCUGGAAAACCACAAGCAAACUCCCUUACUCAACGAUGCUGAUCCCGAAGAUCCGGGCGCCAAAGCUGAACGAAGAGCAGAGCGCAAGCGAAGGAAAAGUGAAAAGUCUACCAAGUCUUCGAAGCAGAGCUAA